AUGCUAAUCUUUGUUACAGCGGCAGAGGUGAGACACAGGCUGACCAUGAAAAAUACGGCGCCAACUUGGAGGCCGUACCAGUAUUUAUCAUUCGUGCUUGAGGAUGACGUCGAGCUUGAGCGCAUCGGCCGCGAGUAUAGCGCAGGUCGCAUGAUGCCAGGCGAGGUGAAGCAGAUGCUAAUCGACGUUAUGGCCGAGUACACGCCGGACUUCCAGAAGCGUCGUGCUGCGAUCACUGACGGAGUCCAUGAGCGUGCGUCCUUUAGAAUUUUAGACUGCUAG